GGGAAACUGGCUCUGGGAAGACAACUCAGAUCCCUCAGUACCUCUAUGAAGGGGGAAUUAGCCGCCAGGGCAUCAUUGCUGUGACCCAGCCCCGUCGAGUGGCUGCCAUCUCUCUUGCAACUAGAGUGUCAGACGAGAAGAGGACUGAACUUGGGAAGCUAGUUGGCUAUACUGUGCGCUUUGAGGAUGUCACUUCAGAAGACACCAGGAUCAAGUUCCUUACAGAUGGCAUGCUUCUUCGAGAAGCAAUUUCAGACUCCUUGCUUCGAAAGUACAGCUGUGUCAUUUUGGACGAGGCCCAUGAGCGGACUAUCCACACAGAUGUGCUCUUUGGGGUGGUGAAGGCAGCACAAAAGAGGCGAAAGGAGCUAGGGAAACUGCCUCUCAAAGUGAUUGUGAUGUCAGCUACCAUGGAUGUUGACCUGUUUUCUCAGUAUUUCAAUGGAGCCCCUGUCCUCUACCUUGAAGGUCGGCAGCAUCCAAUCCAGAUUUUCUAUACCAAGCAGCCUCAGCAGGAUUAUCUGCAUGCAGCGCUUGUCUCAGUCUUCCAGAUCCACCAGGAAGCCCCUUCUUCUCAAGACAUCCUGGUGUUCCUUACCGGUCAGGAGGAGAUCGAAGCAAUGAGCAAGCCCUGCCGAGACAUUGCAAAGCACCUCCCUGACGGCUGCCCUGCUAUGCUCGUCCUUCCUCUGUAUGCCUCCCUGCCCUACUCUCAGCAGCUUCGAGUCUUUCAAGGGGCCCCAAAGGGCUAUCGCAAAGUGAUCAUUUCAACCAACAUCGCUGAAACCUCCAUAACCAUUACAGGAAUAAAAUAUGUAGUUGACACGGGCAUGGUUAAAGCAAAGAAGUAUAACCCUGAUAGUGGUCUUGAGGUGCUAGCUGUACAGCGAGUGUCAAAGACCCAGGCCUGGCAGCGAACAGGGAGGGCUGGCCGAGAGGACAGUGGCAUCUGCUACCGGCUCUACACUGAGGAUGAAUUCGACAAGUUUGAGAAGAUGACAGUGCCAGAAAUCCAGAGGUGUAACCUAGCAAGUGUGAUACUGCAGCUCCUAGCAAUGAAAGUUCCAAAUGUACUCACCUUUGACUUCAUGUCCAAACCAUCUCCAGAUCACAUCCAGGCGGCCAUUGCCCAACUGGACCUGUUAGGUGCUCUUGAACAUAAGGAUGACCAGCUUACCCUGACUCCAAUUGGAAGAAAGAUGGCAGCAUUUCCUUUAGAGCCCAAAUUUGCCAAAACUAUCCUCCUGUCCUCCAAAUUCCACUGUACGGAAGAGAUUCUGACCAUAGUCUCCCUACUGUCUGUGGACAGUGUCCUUUACAACCCUCCUGCCCGGAGAGAUGAAGUACAGAGUGUCCGAAAGAAAUUCAUAUCCAGUGAAGGAGAUCAUAUCACCCUGCUCAAUAUCUAUCGAACCUUCAAAAACAUAGGUGGGAAUAAGGACUGGUGCAAAGAGAACUUUGUCAACAGCAAAAAUAUGCUGCUAGUAGCUGAAGUCAGAGCACAGCUGAGGGAAAUCUGCUUAAAGAUGUCAAUGCCAAUAAUGUCAUCUCGAGGUGACAUGGAGAGUGUCCGCCGCUGCCUGGCUCACAGCCUCUUUAUGAGUACUGCCGAACUCCAGCCAGAUGGCACCUAUGCCACCACAGACACACACCAGCCUGUGGCCAUCCACCCAUCGUCUGUCCUCUUCCACUGCAAGCCUGCCUGUGUGGUAUACACUGCACUGCUCUAUACCAACAAAUGCUACAUGCGUGACCUCUGUGUUGUGGAUGCCGAGUGGCUCUAUGAGGCUGCCCCGAGGAGGAAGCUGAGAACUGCCAGAAACUGAUCCACCCCAGGAUGCUGCCCCAUGGCUGGGCCUGGAGCUUAGAUCACAGCUAUUUUCCAAGUAGACUUGGGAGCUGGAGAAACAGCACACUUCAGUGCAGUCAGACUUAGAUUGUGAGAAACGAGACUUGUUCUUUGGGCUUGACUGGGUGAUUUUGAGUGACUGAAUUCACUUCUGAGCCUCAGUUUCCUCAUCUACCAGAGGGGGAUAAGACUUACAAGUUCAGAGUAAUGAAAUUUAGAGAAAAUGAACAGAAAUUACCCAGAAAUUUUCCUGGCACAAGAUAAGACAAUCAAUGAAUUGUAAGCCCUUGUGUUUGUGAUACUAAUUAGGUCCAACACAGCCCCUUGAGCUCUUGUCAUUGGGGGAGGGGGAUGUUUCUGAGAGGAGCCAUAGGAAGCUACAGAUCCAAUUGGUUGACCUCAGUGUUUCUCCCCUUGCCUCCCCUGCCCUUAUGGAACCCAGAGCCUCAUGCAUGCUAUGCACACACUCUGCCACUGAGCCAAUCUCCAGCCUUCACUGGUAUUUUAAUGUCUACCUGUAUGUCUUUUAAAUAGAAAACAGAAGAAACUGGCUCCCACAGA